AUGAAAUGGUUUGGUGUUGAGGGAGACCACAUUGUCUUAGUCAUGGAUUUGCUUGGUCCUAGCCUUGAAGAUCUCUUUGGCUAUUGCAAUAUGAAGUUUACUCUGAAGACUGUUCUCAUGCUAGCUGAUCAAAUGAUAAAUCGUCUCGAGUUCAUCCAUUCUAAGUCGUAUCUUCACCGCGAUGUAAAGCCGGAUAACUUUCUCAUGGGUUUAGGAAGACGAACAAAUCAGGUCUACAUCAUAGACUUUGGCUUGGCUAAGAAAUAUAGAGACAGCUCAACUCAUCGUCAUAUCCCAUACAGGUUUGAUGAUAAUCCUGACUAUGCUUAUUUGAAGAGACUCUUCCGCAACCUUUUCAUCCGUGAAGGUUUCCAAUUUGAUUUUGUGUUUGAUUGGACUGUUCUCAAGUAUCAACAAUCACCUCAUGCCAAUGUACAUGAUAAAGUAAAGACCUAUGAAACUCGAAGAACUUGUAAACUUCUUGUAUAA